CAUCACCGUUAAAUUAUUUCCCCUUCCUAUCAAACUGCUGUACAAGGACAGUGUCCGCUGACCAAAGACCAAGGACUAUAGGUAGUCUCUGUAAGCUGUACUUUACUGAACAAUAAAGUUAAACUAUCACAAGCUACCUCCAGGGCUUGUAUUGAAGUCACUGCUGUAGCAUACUGAGGUAAAGUUACACACUCCUCCACCUGUGACAGCCAGCUUGCACAUGAACUCCACAGGAGAUACUGAGCCAGAAGAAACCAGCAAACCCUCCGGCAGUGCCAGGACUCUUGCCUUGACUGUGUGCUCUGCUGCCAUCGGAGGAACAUUCCAGUAUGGCUACAACAUCUCCAUCAUCAAUUCUCCCACCAGGUAUAUCCAGGGCUUCAUCAAUGACACCUACAUGGAGCGAUGGGGCACAGCUUUGGACACUCCUCAGGUGACACUAGUGUGGACUCUAAUUGUGUCAGCGUUUCCAAUGGGCGGUUUGCUAGGGGCCCUGCUAGCAGGGCCUAUGUCGGUCCGCUUUGGUAGAAAGAAAUCGCUGCUUCUGAACAAUUUCUUCCUAUUUGUUGGUGCUGUGCUUGUGCUAACGUGCAGGUUGGCCAAAGCCUUUGAGAUGAUCCUCCUCGCUCGCUUUCUGGUGGGGAUGAACUCCGGUGUCAGCAUGAACGUCCAGCCUAUGUACUUUGGAGAAAGCGCACCCAAACAUCUGAGAGGUGCUGUGGCUUUUUCCUCUGCUGUUUUCACUGCGUUUGGCAUCUUCUUGGGUCAGGUUGUGGGACUCACCGAGGUGCUGGGUGCAGAACCUCUUUGGCCCUACCUGCUUGCUAGUAAUGCUUUGCCAGGGUUGAUCCAGCUGGUUACCCUACCCUGGUUUCCUGAGAGCCCCAGAUACCUUCUGAUUGACAAGGGAGACAGGGAAGGAUGUGUCCAGGCACUUGGGAGACUCCGUGGAGGGGAAGCUCCUGUCUUGGAGAUGGAGGAGAUGCUUCAGGAGCAGCAGCAGCAAAUGUCCGCAGCCUUAAAUUCUGGAUCAGCAGCUUCUGCCAAGACACCCUGGUCCCUGUUUAAGAAUAGAAACCUACGAUCCCAACUCUGGACAGUAAUGUUUGCUAGUAGCGCCAUGAUGCUCUGUGGGAAUGAUUCUAUCUACUUCUAUGCUUCCUACAUCUUUUUGGAAGCAGGAAUUCCACCAGAGAAAAUUCAGUAUGUCACAAUCGGCACAGGAGCAUCUGAGCUAACAGCUGCUAUCCUGAGUAAUCUCCUGAUUGAACGUGUGGGACGCAGGUACCUUCUCAUCGGGGGAUACAGUCUUAUGACCUGCUGGGGUAUAGUCUUCACUGUAGCUCUUACCCUGCAGAGCCGUAACGUUGCGGGGAUGGCAUACCUCAGCAUGGUAUGUGUGUUUUCCUACAUCCUCAGCUUCGGCUUGGGCCCUGCAGGAGUGACGGGGAUCUUACCGGCUGAGAUCUUCGACCAGGCAGCACGUCCAGCGGCGUACAUGGUCGCAGGCUCACUUAUGUGGAUCAGCCUGUUCUUGAUUGGAAUGUUGUUUCCUUUCAUCGUCAACGGCCUGGGGAAUUUCUGCUUCCUGCCCUUCCUGGCUGUGUGUUUGGUGUCCGCUGUGUUUUUGGGGCUUACCUUGCCAGAAACGAAGGGCAAGACACUGGCUCAGAUUACUGCAGCAUUUUAUAGGAAAAAUGGAAGGAAAAUGAGAGAAACUCCAGACAGGCAGGUGGAUGAGCCCUUACAGGAUCACUACCAGCUGGGUAAAGCCUGUUCUUUCACUACCUUAACGCAUGAUGCUGAACCUGAUCCUGACUUAAAGAUCGGUGACUGAACUUUGACCUCCAGUAAAACUAGAAAUGAAGCUUUCAGUGCCUUUGUGUUGUUGUUAUGCACUUUCACUGUUGGAUAGAUUUCUGGGAAGAUGAAAUCAUAUGUCUCAUAUUUAGUGGAGAUGAUCUCUUUGUAAUUAGAAUGUCCUGUUCAUUAGCAUUUGUGUUCUGAAGUAAGUACUGAAACUGCCCUUAAACUUAUAUAGAGCAUGGUCACAGAACUAAACAUCCUGACACUUAACCCGACUGUAAUCAUGGCACUAAUGCCUGUAUUACACUUUCCACCUCCAUAAAUAUUAAUGUAGGUCUGUUAGGUUCUGAAUGACGUACAUUUUAUAAUUGCAAGAGUGUGCCGCAGUGGUGUGCAUGUGCAGAAACUACUGUGCUUGUAUUGAAUGCAUCCUUGAAGCAAAUGCAAAAGUAGUACAAUAGUAGCAAAUACACAUCAGUGGAGUCUGCCGGUGUCCAUGUGCCUGUUUGUAUAAGAGUAUAAUCAAGGCUUAAGUCCUUCCCAAUAGAAGUUUACAAAAGCUCCUAAAUUGCUGCUUACCUCUUUAAUGUACUGAACCGUCCUGAACUUUAAUAUAUUCUAAUAUCAAGAAAGCUGUCAAUAGGCUCACACACCUCAAACUUACCCACUUAAAAGCUCACAUUACAGGAGUUUCAGGUUAACCCGUUUCACCCCUCUCGUAAAUCGGAAAACUUUGGUCCAGGACCUUGAUCUUGAACUGAUAUUCAACCCAGAUUAUUUGGUAAUGUGAGGAGUUUACAGAUGCAGCUUUAAACCUUCCAAACUGCUCACAGAGAAUAUUAAACAUGCUGGAUAUUUACAAAUUAAAAUCUGGAUGGUUACGACUAUUAUGCUACCACAUUUAAAUGUAUUCCAGCUCAUGCUAACUGCAACUUGCCAACCACCAUUUUCUCAUCCAGACUUGUGUAACCUUCAGCUUUUGUUUUUUUAAAGUUAUUUUUUUGGCCUUGUUAGACAGGUUAGUAGAGAGGCAGACAGGAAAGCAGGGAGAAGAAUGGGAGGAAGACCUGCAGCAAAGGGCUAUGAGCUGGAAUCGAACCCAGGCCGCUGCACUGGGGACUAGAGCUCCUGUUUAUGAGUCGCCACUCAACUAGCUGGGCUAUCUGGGUGCCCCAGCCUUUGUUUUUUCUAUAGUCCAACCGUUGCCAGUGUUAGGAAGUAAGAAAGCUUGACAUUGAUAUAUCUGUAGAUAUACAUGUAGUAUGUUAGAGUUGCCUUAAAAAGGGAAAAUAACUAGAUUACUGCUUAUUUUCUCUCCCAUAAUGUGUUUUACAGACUAGUUAGCGACUUAUGAAGACAAAGCUCGACUCUGCACCACUGUCUGCUUAGAGCUCAGAACUGCGUAACUAGACAAACUACAUGGCACCAUUUCCAAGCAUUUCCUUAUAUGCUUAGAGAUGUAGUUCAUUAUUUUUUAUUUUUACUUUAGAGAUGGAAUUCUAAGCAUCCCCAAACAUCUUUUUCUGUAUUAUGCCAAUGCGAUAUAUAUCUGUGAAAGGUCAGUAUCUGCCCAUAACAUAGUCCAACUGAUAUAUCAGACAAGGUUCAAGAUAAUAUUUAUUAACCUUGAGGGGCAAUUUGUCUCGCAGUCAGCAGUACACCACAGUGGUACAUAAUUUUGCUACCACAAUGUCCAUUUUUUUUCUUACUGCAAAGUAUUAUUUGGGCAAUCUGUUUCUCAUUUUCUUCCUCUAGCACUAUAAUCUGAAUAAUAUCCUUGAGUGUGUGAUUAUUGUCAUUUUCAAAUCUUGCCACGUGUGCAUGUAUGCGGUGUAGCCUGAUUUCAAAACCUGUGAGGAUUUUAAAACUCCUGUAGUGUGAGCCCAGCCUUACCUCAUAUUGAUAUAGACUCAAACUCUCCGUAGGUCUUGUCAAUAAUACAUGUGUUUGCAGUCGAGUGGGGAAUUAUUUGAACUUUGUGCAUCAAAGGAUUACCCACUCUGAUUCAACACUUCUGCACUGGGUAGAUAACAGUGUUUGUUUGUAAUCUGGUUUUGUUGUGUGUUUAUCCAGUUCAGUGAGCCAUGCUUAUGUACAUUUUCUUAUUUAUUGAUUCAAAUGACAAAAUCGGACUGAGUGUAAUUUUUGUUUCUAUUAAAUAUGCAUCAACUUGACUGUAUGUGUAAUUUAACAAUAUUAGAUGUCCCUGUCACUUUUAUGUGCAUUUAUUUAUUUGCCAUAAAUGGUGCCCUAUGGUUGCUCUGUGCAGUCUAUAUGUAUGAAGGCAGCUCCUCAAAAACACCAGCAGAUGUCACCAUUGUCUUUGUGGUUUGCUUUCCUAUAUGUGAUGACUUAUAAAGCAGUGUGGACAUAAAAAUGAAUCAGACAUAAACACCUGGGUGAGGAUGACACUUUUAAUGUCAACAGCUGGUAGUUUGCAACCCUUCCACACCUUCUGUUCACCCAUCUGUAUGUUCCUUAAUUAGCCUUUGUUACUUUAUUAUUUCUGGUAAUGAAUCAGAUACGCAGACAAUCGUCUAUUUAUGUGCUGUUGUAGCAUGUAGCAUUUGCUGUGCACUGACUGAAUGAAUCUGUUAUUGAAUGACACCGUCCUUCCAAAGCAUCUAAUGACAAUCUUCAAUGAUAGUAAGAAUUUAGUAGAAAUCACCCUUUGAUUCUCAGGCUAUAUUUAUAUUUUCCUCUAUAAAAAAAUUGCUGUUAUUUAUUGAAUCAUAUUUAUUCACUGCAAAAUACUAUGGCAUGUACAAGAAAAAAAAUAAAAAGUGGUCCCCCACA